CCUUAAGCUUUUUUGUCUUUUUGUUUCUUUCUCUUCAUUUUCUGCUUGACCAAACAGGUUGUUUUUCAUUUUCUAACUUGGGUCUUCUGGGAAAUUUUCUGGGCUUUUUGUUGAAAAAAAAUGACUGUCGAGGUUAAGGUUGAAGUUGAAGAGACUCAAAUGGGUGAAGUUUCGGUCAGUGAAGAGGUGUCUAACAAGAAGGAAGCAGUAGAUGAAUGUAAGCCUACAACGGUUGAAAAAAGCUCUUCUUACAAGGAAGAGAGUAACUUUCUCUCUGAUCUUAAGGAGUUUGAGAAGAAGGCUUUGAUUGAUUUGAGGGCGAAAGUGGAAGAAGCCAUUCUUGGCAACAAUGUUUAUAAGAAAGAAGAGGAGCCAAAGAAGAACGAGAAGGCAGUGGAAGAGACUGCCGAGGAGAAGAAGAAGCCAGUGAAGGAAGGAGAAGAAGAAGAGGGGAAAGAUGCAGAAAAGUCGGCUGAGGAAUCGAAACCAGAAUGUGCUGAAACAGAAAAGGAAGGGGAGAAAGAGGAAACGCGUGAAGUGAUUGUUGAAGAAAAAGUUGAAGAAGUGGAUAGAGAUAUUUCCCUUUGGGGUGUACCCCUUUUGCCUAGUAAAGGAGCUGAAGGCACUGAUGUAGUCCUUCUGAAGUUCUUGAGGGCCAGGGAGUUUAAGGUCAAUGACGCUUUUGAGAUGCUUAAGAAGACCCUCCAAUGGAGAAAGGAUUCUAAGAUCGAUUCGAUCUUGGAUGAGGAGUUGUGUGUUGAUUUAAGCUCUGCUGUAGAUGUUAAUGGCGUUGACAGGGAAGGACACCCUGUUUGUUACAAUGUGUUUGGAGUGUUUGAGAACGAAGAGCUUUACCAAAAGACUUUUGGUACAGAGGAAAAGAGGAGCCAUUUCUUGAGAUGGAGGUGCCAGCUUAUGGAGAAGAGCAUUCAGAAGCUUGACUUGAAGCCUAGAGGAGUGUCUUCUUUUCUUAAUAUCAGUGACCUUAAGAACUCGCCUGGACCUUCCAAGAAGGAGCUUAGAAUCGCAACAAAGCAAGCUGUUGGCCUAUUACAGGACAAUUACCCUGAGUUGGUUGCUAAGAAUAUAUUCAUCAAUGUUCCAUUCUGGUACUACGCUCUCAACACCCUUUUGUCACCUUUCAUUACUCAAAGAACCAAGAGCAAAUUUGUUAUUGCUCGCCCAGCAAAGGUCACAGAAACACUCUUAAAGUAUAUUCCAGCUGAGGAAAUUCCUUUCAAAUAUGGUGGUUUCAAGAGGGAGAAUGACUAUGAAUUCUAUGGUGAUGACAACUCUGUUUCAGAACUAUAUCUUAAAGCAGGCAUGACUGAAACCAUUGAGAUACCUGCACCAGAGGCUGAUGCUACAUUAAUCUGGGAUGUGGCUGUUUUGGGUUGGGAAGUACACUACAAGGAGGAAUUUGUUCCCAGCGAUGAAGGAUCUUACACCAUCAUUGUUCAGAAAGGGAAGAAAAUGGGUUCACAAGAAGGACCUCUUCGCAACACCUUUAGAAGCAAUGAGCCUGGAAAGGUUGUCCUAACGAUUGAAAACACUUCUAACAAAAAGAAAAGGGUUAUGUAUCGGUUCAAGACCAAGAAGAGUCCCUCUUCCUUCUAAGAACUCAAAAUAUACAUAUGGAAAACAGUGGCGAAUAUGUUAUGUUGUUCAAUUUUUCAUUCUUUUAAACAUUCUUUAAGCAACAAGUGAUUGAGAGGAUAGUGAAAUGUGAAAAAAUUCAUUCUUUUGCCGGAUUAGAAUCAUGAAAUGUAGUAUGUGGUUUGAACUGUUUGCUGUAAUUUACAUGUUCGAAAUUUGUGAGAGUGAAAUAUUGGUAUAUUUGUUUGAAAUACAAUUUUCUAUUAUGAGUAUUGUUUUCCAUUUCAUUUUGAA